ACUUUAAUCUCGAAUCAGGUGCAAAUAAAAGAGCAAAAAAAAAUGUCUUAAAUCGUAUUCGUCACUCGUGAAUAAUCUUUAUAUAUGUCAACAUACUUAAAUCCAAUUACUGCGCGCCAAUGCAGCAGGUAGUAUACUAGCGUGAAACGAAAUUUAAUUUAUUGUUUAUUCCCAUGUGGUGGAAAAAUGGACGCGCACAUGAUUCUGUGAGGUUUUGAAAAUGUUUUCCUUUAUCGUUUGUGUCCGUUAAGCGGUAAAAAUUGACAAAUUUGUGACAAAGUGCUGUGUGAAAAUGACAGAAAUGCCUCCUUAUCUCGCGGUCAAAGAUGAGGAGAAAAACAGUGGUCAGGGUGACAGUGAUACUUCUUCGGACGUAGACGACUGGGAUUUACCUCUGAGUUUUGAUAAACCUCGGCACCUUGAGCCUAUAAAGGGCGCCGAGCGCGUAGAGCAUACGUGGAGGGUCAAAGAGAAGUACAAGACCCACUGCGUGGCUCUGGUGCUCUGCCUCAACGUUGGCGUGGACCCCCCUGAUGUAGUGAAGACUCAGCCCUGCGCUCGACUAGAAUGCUGGAUCGACCCACAGUCGCUGUCUCCGAGCAAGGCUCUGGAGAGCAUCGGGCACGCCCUGCAGUCGCAGUACGAGCGCUGGCAGCCCCGCGCGCGGUACAAGCAGAGCCUCGACCCCACCAGCGAUGAGGUGAAGAAGCUAUGCUGCUCGCUGCGGCGCAACGCGAAGGACGAGCGCGUGCUGUUCCACUACAACGGACACGGCGUGCCCAAGCCCACCACGCAGGGCGAGAUAUGGGUCUUCAACAGGGCAUAUACCCAGUACAUCCCGCUGUCGAUGUACGACCUGCAGACGUGGAUGGGCGCGCCGUCGCUCUACGUGUACGACUGCUCCAACGCCGGCGUCAUCGUCGACAACUUCAAGCAGUUCGCCGAGCAGCACGAGCGAGAGUACGAGGCCCAAAUGAACUCAAAGUCGGAGGAAGGCGCGGCCGUAGGGCCGGCGGUGUCGUACAAGAACUGCAUCCAGCUGGCGGCGUGCGCGGCGGGGCAGAGCCUGCCCAUGAACCCCGAGCUGCCGGCCGACCUGUUCACGGCCUGCCUCACCACGCCCGUCAAGAUGGCCAUGAAGUGGUUCGUGCUGCGCGAGCGGACACGCGUCGCGCCCAGCGACGUGCACGAUCUUAUUGACAAGAUCCCAGGACAGGUGACGGACAGACGCACGAUGCUGGGCGAGCUGAACUGGAUCUUCACGGCCAUCACGGACACCAUCGCGUGGAGCUCGCUGCCGCCCGAGCUGUUCCAGCAGUUGUUCCGCGCGGACCUUCUCACCGCCUCGCUCUGCAGGAACUUCCUGCUCGCUGACAGGAUCAUGAGGUCGUACAACUGCACGCCGGUGUCGCUGCCGGCGCUGCCGUCGCUGGCGGCGCACCCGCUGUGGGCGGCGUGGGAGCACACGCUGGACCUGGCGCUGGCGCAGCUGCCGCGCCUGCUGCGGCCCGCGCCGCACGCCCCGCCCGCCGACUACACGCACUCGCCCUUCUUCCGCGACCAGCUCACCGCCUUCCAAGUCUGGCUCGACCUCGGCAAGUGGUGCGGAUGGCGGCCCAUGCCGGCGCAGCUGCCGAUGGUGCUGCAGGUGCUGCUGAGCACGCUGCACCGCGUGCGGGCGCUGCGGCUGCUGUGCCGCUUCCUGGCGCUGGGCGCGUGGGCAGCGCGGGCGGUGCUGGCCGUGGGCAUCUUCCCCUACAUGCUCAAGCUGCUGCAGGCCUCCGCGCCCGACCUGCGCGCCUCCAUGGUCUACAUCUGGGCCAAGAUCAUCGCCGUCGAUCCCAGCUGUCAAGUGGACCUGGUCAAUGCGAAGGGACACAAAUAUUUCUUAGCGGUGUUACAAGAUCCAACAGUCGAUAGUGAACACAGAACGUUAGCGGCGUAUGUACUAGCUGGUAUCGUGGACAACUACCCUGCAGGACAGGAAGCCGCGUUGCAGGGCUCGAUGAUCUCGAUCUGCCUGGAGCAGCUGGAGGGCGGCGCGCGGCUGGCGCAGUGGGCGUGCAUCUGCCUGGGCCGGCUGUGGCGCGGGUUCGACGCGGCGCGCUGGGCGGGCGUGCGGGACCUGGCGCACGAGAAGCUGGCGCCGCUGCUGGGCGCGCCGGCGCCCGAGCUGCGCGCCGCCGCCGCCUUCGCGCUGGGCACGUUCGUGGCGGGCGGCGGCGCGCGCACGGAGCACGCCAACGCGCUGGACCAGCAGGUGGGCGUGGCGCUGGCGGCGCGCCUGCCGCUCGACGCCUCCCCGCUCGUGCGCCAGGAGCUGCUCAACGCCGCGCAGUGGAUGGUGCUCACCUUCGAGCAGCACUUCAUCGCCGUCUACAUCCAAGAGCGACUGCGCAAGAGCGACCGUGAGACGGGUCGCGGCGGGCGCGUGGACCAGGGCUGGGACGCGCUGUCGGAGGCGCGGGCGCCGGCCGCGCAGCACGCGCUCGUGCGCAACGCCGCCGCGCUCUCGCUGCCCUCCAUCGGUUUCGGGUCUGUGUACAUGAAGCUGUGGAACAUCCUGACGGCGAUGGCGCGCGAGCCGCACCCGCAGAUCUCGCAGAUGGCCAACGACAUCAUCAACUACAUCGCCAACCAGGUGGACAGCGUGGGCCGCGAGCUGGAGCUGUCCCGCAGCGGCAGCAAGGAGCCGACGUCGCUGCCGCCCUCGCCCAACACGCGCAGCUCGCCGCUCGCGCACCACGAACACACGCGGACACUGCCCUCCGGCAGUCGCCGCGGCAAGGCGGGUCUGCCGCACACCAUCUCCGAGGACUCGGUGGGCAACCGCGAGCGCGACCUGCGGGACCGGGACUCCACCUCGUCUAAUUCUAGUCAGCCGGCGAAGAAGGCAAUAGUGACGACGCAGUUCGUGGAGUGGGCGUCGAGCGCGUUCGCGCGCGCGGACGAGGCGGGCGCGGCGGGCGCGGCGGGUGCGGGCGACGCGGCGCGCGCCGACUGCGAGUCGCGCGCGCACCACGAGCGCGUGUGGCGCCGCGCGCGCAACCGCAGUCUGCGCCGCGACGCCAAAGCGCUGCGCAACGCGCGCGUGACGCGGCUGGAGACGCAGGCCUUCCACUCGCGCUGCCCGCUGCCGCCCGCCGUCGUGCUGUUCCACCCCUACGAGCAGCACGCCGCCGUCGCCUCCAAGGACAACUUCGGCAUCUGGGACUGGGGUACGGCGGCGAAGCUGUGCGUGGGGUCGUGGCGGCGCGCGUGGGGGCGCAUCACGGCGCUCGCCUACCUCAACGCGCACCACCACGCGCUGCUCGCCGUCGCCUCGCACACCGGCAACCUCGCCGUCUACAGGCCGUCGGGCAGCAGCAUGGAGCCAGCGCUGGUGUCGGCGUGGCGGGCGCUGGACGUGCGCCCCGCCGCCGACUACCGCCCGCCGCCCGGCCAGGCCGUCUACAGUCUGGCGCAGCUGGUGUCGGAGCAGUUCGCGUCGGCGGAGGAGCGGCACGCGGGCGCCGCCGGCAAGCACGACGCCGCACUCGGCGGGGGCGGUAGCGGCGGCGCGUACGCGGGCCCGCCGCCGCCCACGCUGCUGCGCUGGAGCGGCGCGCGGCGCUCGCUGGCGCUGGCGGGGCGCUGCUCGCGCGUGCGCCUGUGGGACGCGGCCGCCGAGCUGCUGCUGGCCGACAUCGACACGGAGAGCGAGGCGGCCGCCACGGCGCUGUGGCGCGGCGCGGCGCCCGAGCCGCUGCUGCUGGCGGGCUUCGGCGACGGCGCCGUGCGCGCCUGGGACGAGCGCGCGCCGCGGCCCACGCACCGCCUGGCGCCGCACGCCGCGCCCGUGCUGGCGGCGCACUGGCGGCCCGACGCGCACGCGCUGCUGACGGGCGCGGCGGACGGCGAGCUGCGCCUCACGGACACGCGCACGUGGCGCACGGCGCACGCGGCCCGCGCGCCCGCGCCGCUCGCCGCCAUCGACGUGCACCCGCUCUGCAACCUCGUCGCCUGCGGUUCAGUGAACCAGAGCAUCAGCAUCUUCGACCUGCAGGGCAACCUGCUGAACACCAUCAAGUUCCACGAGGGGUUCAUGGGCGCGCGCAUCGGCCCCGUCUCCUGCCUCACCUUCCACCCGCUCAGAUGCGCGAUGGGCGUGGGGUCGAAGGACUCGACGGUGUCGGUGUACGUGUCGGAGGCGCGGCGGUGACCCUCGCUGUACAGCCUGGCGCUGCCCUUCCAGUGACCCCGCUAGCCACGCUUCUCUAGUCCUCCACAGUGUCGCCGCGACUACACCCCAUACCUUUGACUUUAUUUGUUCACCACGUCACUGGAUACUUAUUUAGUGUAUAGGUAACUUAGGGUUGUGCUACGACUCGAUAUGAAUGACACUCUGAUUGUACAAUCGUCAUUUGUGUCGGCUUGUGGACGUAUGCGCGUGUACCCGACGAAAUAUAGAUCUAACGGCGUUCGAGUGCACACUACCGCUGUAUGCGAACGGUUACAAAACGGACAGUAAUAGUUUAGAUAAUGGUUAUUUUGAGUGAAUCAUCAGGUAAGGUUAGGUGUUGUAUGAAAUCGCGCGGGUGUGAAUUCGAACGCCCACGAGAAAGAAUGUUUGGUGCUACGUUAUACCGAUAUUGUAAUGUUAAUUUAUUGUUAUGAAGGUCGGCCGCGCUCGGUGUCUGUGGGCUCCUCGCGGACUGAGUGGCCAGGGAACAACACGUUCUGUGCUCGGCGGGAAUAGCGUAUCCUAUUGUGGGACAGAAUACUUGCUUCCUACGUCCUGCGUACGCUUUUUCUCCAUAAUUGGAUGUUGCUUUGUUAGUAAUGGGAUCAGGAAUAUGUACUGAAUCCAUUUUUUUUUUCGAACAAAAAUAAUAAAAUACAGUAGUCCCAGUAGCAUCUGUUCAGCCCCGCUAUAUUUACUCCGUGGCUUAAUCAUUUUGCAAAUUACAUAAACAGCAACAUAAGUUCGUCGUGCCUUCUGUGGGAGUCGGGUAAAUUCAUGAGAAACAUUCUGUAUCUUUCGCUAGUUCGCGACAAAUAUAUGUUUCAAAUCAUAUUAUGUAUAAAUUGUAUCGUUUUAAUUAGCAUAUUUUCCCACAGACCUGACUAAGUAUCGGAAACUUUGUGUACAUAUUAGGGAGACGUCUGCAAAAAACAUGUAAUGAACGCACGCAACGCGUUGCAGAUGAUUUAGCCAAAUAAUACAACAAUACAUUUACAACAUAUUCUACUAUUGUAUUAUUAAUUAAAUUAUUCACAAAAUGUAACGCUUUAAGUAGGUUUGUAAUUAUGGUGUAAAUAAGGUAGGACGUUAUGCCAGCUGAGCGGAAGUCGCGUGUGUCAGUCGUGGUCGCACUCGCCGGCGAUCACUUGUUGUGCCGUGUGGACGUCGCACCACGAUCAUCCAGUCUGAUGACGACAUGUAGCUCAAGCUAAACCUGUCAGCGGGAGCACUUCAAACCACUCACUAUACGGUAAAACAUGUAUCGAAAUGGUGGUACGACUAAUUUUGGGCUUUCCUUUAGAUAAAAGUUUUGUUGGGCUAUCGUCGAAAUAUGUGCUUAUCUAAAACGAGCACCGCGGAGCGCUCGCGUACAGUUUUGUAUGGAUUGACUGCUUUGCUGCGGUUGGGUGUUUUUAAUCUUUAAACUGGCGCUAGUGUGACCUCACGAAUGUUAGAUUUAUAGGUCAACUUCAAUCAAACGAUUUUUGCUUUGUGAGUUUCAAAAAUACUCGACGGCAGCUCUGUGUCUAACGCGUAACUGCAACAGUGGUUUAGCGCAACUUGUUUUGUUGAUGCAUCUGUAAUCAAUGAGAAGACAUUUUCGGCUCCGGAUAAUUAACAUUAUAAAAUGAAAUUGACAAUGAGAUGUUUACUCUUUAAAUCGACAAGGUAUCGUUAUAAUGUAGGGCGCUGGUGAUUACGUCACGUGGUUCAGUUCCCCAGUGUCCCGGGGCGGCUGAGCGUUAUUGCGCGCAGCCGGCGCUAGAGUAGUCACCCAGGUGUUCACGAGGUGCUACAUACAACGUUGUCAUACAAAUUAUAACUUAGUUGUUACAUAUACACAGCGAGUCCUGCGCCUACUUCGUAUUUGUACAUAUAUUAGUAAGCUUGUUUCUACUUUACGCCGACAUUGUGAAUAUUAUAUUUUGUUCCAAAUGAUUUUUGUCUUGUGAUUUACAGAAAGUUCCUAAGACUCAAUAAUUACUAGCUGCCAUUUUUAAUUAUGUAAGGUUUUGUUCACUACGUAAUAAGUUAACGAUUUUGUGUUCGUUGUAGUUUAGAUUUAAUGUAACAAAUUAUGCCCAUGUGUCAUUCAGAGGAUUUUAUUUUUGUCACAUUUCAUAUGUGUACCGCAAUGACGUGAGGGAUACCGGUAGCUAUAGUCUUAAGUGAUAUAACGAGCAUUUAACUGUAAUGAUUAAUAGUUUGUAAUGUGUUGAUUAUGUUGACUUUCAUUGAACAAAUACCUGUAAUUGGAUUAUAUUGGAUGCAUUACAGAAUUCACUUAUGAAAUGUGUGGCCAUAGAAAACUAUAGUUGUAAGCAGUUGUCAUCAGUUGUGAUCAAACCUCAGCAAUGCCGGAUGAAACCAGUGCGGGCCUGUAGCGUUACACUUGCUCGGCCUCCUCCAAAUUAGUCAACUUUUUGCUAGACUAUCAAGACAGCAAAAAAAAAAGUAUGUAUGGUUAACUGGAGCCCCACUGGGCUUGGGUGCAGGGCCCUGUAAAAAUUAUUUGUUAAUCCGGCAUUGAAGCUCAGCUAUGUCAAUAUGAUGAACAAAUAGACAAGUUGCCAAUCGGUUGUUAAAUAUAUUGAGAACUUGCAUUUUGUCUACAAAGUGAUCGAUUUUUGCUUUUAUGUAUUACGUAUGUAAUUUAAAUGUACAUUUUACAUAGUAAUAAUUGUUGUUGUUAAAAUAAAACAUGGUUAAAA